CCAUUUUUCAGAUGGAAGUGCUGCGAGUUUGAGUCGCAGUUAAAUAACAUAAGAACUUUUCCUGCCGUACCUCCUUCGAGAUCAAAAUGAGCUCAAAGGACAAGGACAAAACUCUGCAGGACAAGUUAAAGCAGUUUUUUCGCCUGAACAAAGGGAAUGCAGGCACUGUUGUCGAGCGAUUAGAUUUUUCACUGUCUCCAGAUAUCGAGCUUGCCAUUGGGCCACACUCGAUGAAUGUCAACGAAAGAGUGAAAAACCUGAAAGACAUCAGUAACGUUGUGCUUCAGAAGAACUUGGAAGAACAUGCCGUUGAGAAACUAUGGUCCCUGGUGCAAGACCUGCUCCGCGAGGAUGUGUCCAAAGAGCAUCGACACAUCGUUUUCCAGUUCUUGUGCAACCUGGCGCAAGGGCAAGCGGACAAACUUGGCAUUAUUAGAGGACAUUUCUUCAGACUGAUCCAGACGCACCCUUUGCGAGAGGACGUAGGACCUCGCCUCGACCUCCUGAGGGCAUUGACGGACAAUGGCAAGGAUGUUCUCUACAUGGAGACCGAGGUUGCACCGUUCCUGCUCUCGUGGAUGGCUGAAGUUUCCCAUGCAAAUAAAACUAAUGACCUCUUGUCAUUGCUAGUUAACGUUGUUAAAUAUAAUGCUGGAUUUGUUGAGGAUGAAAUUAUAAGCGGCCUGAUUCAAAACGCAUGCUUUCUGUGCUCAUGGAGCCAGCAUGAAGAAGUCGUGUUUUCCAGCCUCGCUCUUCUUGAUGUAAUAGUUUGCUACUCGCAAAUUUCGCCCAACAUGCUGGAGACGUUUGUUUUCACUCUCUGCAAUUUGGUCAACAACAAGACCUACAGUCAAAGCUGUUGGAAGAUCAUGAAGAAAGUACUGGGAACUCACGUAGGUCACAGUGCCCUCUUCCAGAUGAUUUCACUUUUGAAGGAUCGGAAGUUUAGCAACAAUUCAAUGAUGCUGCGAGGAGCUAUUUUUUACGUCAGCAUGGGAAUGUGGGGAGGGCAAAAGGUUACUUCGCUUAAUACAACAGCCUGCACAGUGCUUCCAGCGUACAUGGAGGCGAUCAAGCAUGGUCACACUGUUGUCACUUACGAAGUUCUCAUUUGCUUGCACAAAUUGAUUGUGCACAGUCCGAGUGACCUCAGUGAUCCUGCCUGGAAUAAUGUGCUUGGAAUUCUCGAAAUAGCGAUGAUUUUAGUCCAGAGAAUGAAUCCACCUGUAUCUCACGUAAUUAAUGUUGCCCAUGACCUUCUCACGGACAUUGAAGCACUGCACGAGCGAGGUGACUUUCGCGGUGAUGUUGCUCGCUUUUACAACAUCAUCGCAUCUUGCGCUGCCACCAGACCAGAAAUCUCGAUUUUGCACUUGAUUACAUAUUUGGCUGCUGACUUCACUCCUACCAAGCACAAAUGGUUGACCAAACUCAAUGACUUCAUUGAACGCUACUUUUGGCAGGAGACUCGAUCUAACAUCAGAGUCAAGGUCCUGGAUGUUAUUUCCUCUGUGGUUCACGCUAACAGAGCCUUGUAUGAAGAAGAACUGCUAGAGAAAGUUCUGAACCAAUUAGAACCAGCAGUGGCCAGGGAUCCAGAUCUAGUCGUUCGCAAUGCGUCAGUUCAACUCUUGGUUGAAUUAUGCCUCGAGUGUGAAAACAAACGGUGCUUGGAACUGCUAGAUUUGAUUGAUGAGUUUCUCCAUAGACCUUUUGAAAUCUAUGAAGCAACCUCUGCUGUAAUUGUCAAUGAGGCGGACGUUCUUGACGUGAAAAGUGCUGCUUUGGGCAUGAUCAAGAUCUUCCAUAGCAAAGCGUACCAGUUACCUUCAACGCAUGCCAUCAGAGCAUAUAAAGCCCUAGUUACUCACCUGGAGAACCAUUACAAGAAGCCAGCUGUCUUUGAAAGUUGCAAUGCUAUAAGAUUUCUGAUUUUCAAAUGCUUCUUGCAAAUAAGAGCUGACUCUCUUUACCACCUGGGCAUGCCGGACCCUUUAAUUCUUGACAAUGACACUCCCUGCAGUGCCAAGAGAGUUACUAGAUUCAGUCCCUAUCUGGCAGUGGACCACCGUCUUGGCGAAAAACCUAGUGCGUCUGUUGCAGCUGGUUCAGCCUCUGGAUCAGCAUUUCCAGCGCCUACUGUGACCUAUUUGUCACUCACUCAUGCCUGCAGUGCUGUGAUAAUCUGCCUGAACAGUGAAAAGGAUUGGCGAGUACUCACAUUAAUUUUGUCUGAGCUACCACAAGUGAUGCAAAACAAAUCGCUGAUUUUGUCAAAGCACGGCAAUGAUGUAGAAUACUUGGCAAGCGCUUUGUACACCAUGGUCACUGAUUUAACCAUUGGGGAUAAGUUGAAGACUCUUCCUCCGAAAAUGUCGAGAUCCGAUGCGCAGUCCUUGGUUUUGCUUUCAAUGGCCUCCCUCGUUUCCUACCCUCUCGACUCCUCCAUGCAGCAGAAGAUCGUCAAGUGUUUGCAGUUAGGCCUAACGACGACAAUAAAAUGUGCCAUCGACUGCAUGUCUGCGCUCACCCUGUGCACCUUGGACAUGCAAGAGACCAUGUAUAAGCUGCUGCCUGAGGUCCUCCUCAAGCUUUCUAAGAUUUCGACCACAGUGCACAUGGCUAUACCAAUGCUUGAGUUUCUUUCAACUCUGACCAGACUGCCGAAGGUAUUUGCGUCCUUUGUCUACGAUCAGUACCUGUCGGUGUUUGCAAUAGCUCUGCCAUACACAAAUCCCUUCAAGUUCAGUCAUUUUGUCGUUUCCCUGGCGCAUCACGUGAUAGCAGUGUGGUUCUUUAAAAGCAGGAUGCCUUUCAGAAGCAAGCUCGUUGGAUACAUAAUUAAGGGCUUGAAAAACAAUCUCACUGGAGAGACCAUAGGCAGCAGGCCAGAUAUGGUGAACGAGGACUCGUCAAACAGAAGGCGAAGCUCCAGCUUGACUGAACAAGGCAGCAGACACCACAAGGAGCAGCUACGUCAGAGGGUGGAAACGAAGCCGGCCAUCGACGAGACAAUGAUGCUUUUCCAUACAGAAUUGACCGAAACUUGUAUUGAUAUGAUGUCAAGGUAUACCUUCUCCCGCUGCUCGGCCUUGCCCAAGAGGCCACCAACGACCCAGUGGCUGUUCAAUGAUGGACAGUCUAUGACGUGGCUGCUGGGUCACAAGCUGAUUACGGUUACAACCAGCAACUGCAGCCAAAAGGCGAUCAAGUCUGGGCUUUGUGACAAAUGCUUGCAUUCUUGUCGCCUGGACAAGACAUCAGGACAAAGUGCUGCAAUGAGCGCUCCUCAAACACAGCCGCCAACUGCAGCAACUAGCCCAAUGGUAGAGAAGGCACCAAGCCCUCCUGUUGAUACGGACUUGACACCAUCGCGUCGGAGGCACAAGUCAGCAAUCCAAGGCAGCGUGAGUCGAGACAGUGUGGGUAUAUUUGGACCAAGAACUAAAGAUGAUCUACACAUGAACUCAAGAGCUCCAGACGCUGAAAACUCAAGAAAUGAGGGCUUCCUUAUGAUGCAAGUGGAGAAAUCUGUGGACUUUGACAGAGGAAUGUGCACCUGUUGGUGCCAGAGUUGGGCAGAGAUUAACAUUGGAAGUCCAACAGGUCACGUUUCUUGGACAAUGCGGCUCCAAAACCUGCCCUACUUUGAUGCCUCAGCUCCAACUGUUGAGUUUCCCCUAGCGGACGUGUCAACAUUUUUUUUCCCAGAAUUGGAAAGCCGCGAAGGAAGCAAGUCAAGGAUUAGCUCACCUGAGAUCCAGAACGAGCCGAUAUUUUCUGAAAGCAUUCCAGCUUCUCCAGUGGGUCAAACUCAGCAUACAGAAAUUGCUGAGAAAAAGCCGCAGUCAAUUUUGCCUAGCCCCAGCCAAGAAGUCGCUCCAAUCAGACCAACUUCCGAGGCAGUGCCCGUGCCCGGCGCUGAGCCAGAGGAUUCUGAUGAGGCACAUGACGAAGAGGAAGGGUUGGAAGGCGAUAGCAGGCGCAGGAAUCGCGUGAAAAGGUCCAACUCGAGUCCUGAGAUGAGCAGCAGACUGCGCAGUCCGUUGUCUCUGCAGCCUCCAGCCCUGCAUGCUGCCAACAGCCUGGGUGGCGACGACUUGGACAAAAAUGCUCCCUUGAGUCCAACUGGAGAUGAGAAGAAACUGAUGCCAAAGCCACCACCCACCAGGGUCAGUUGUGAGGCGAUUCCAGAAGAGAUGGGUGGCACUUCUCCCCCAUCAACAUAUCCCGCUGAGCCCGUCCUGAAAGUUGUGCAAGCUGCGCAAGUAAUCGAGGCAAAGCCCAUAGAACAGGUGUUGCCACCGCAGCCACAAAUAAUGCCACAGCCCACUCCUCAGCCAGUGGUCAAGCCAGCUCUUGCACCUAUGAAAUCUGCGCCGAUGGUGCCAGAAAAGAGAACCGAGAAAAGUCCACCACAAGAUGCGAGGCCUGAUCCAAGUACCUUACCCCCUCUUUCGUUCCGAGACAGAGGACACACUAUCUCGGUGAUGAGCCCAGUAAAAAGACCUGACCCAAACCUGCUGAGAAGAAAUGCAGCAGGGGGAUCGACCCCUAGAGGUGCAGAACCUGUCAUGAACAGUGCAGCAAUGAAGCCCAGCUUUGUGUUUCUGCAGUUAUACCAAACGGCAGGGUUGGGCAGCAAGGGCGAGAAGCCAGUUUUGGUGCCAAAGGAUGAUGUUGUCAACAGAACUGUGAAGACUCUCAGUUAUAUACCACCAUAUGAAACGCACAAACUUGGCGUCCUGUACGUAGGGCCCAAUCAGGCGAACAAUGAGACUGAAAUCUUGCGCAACACUUGUGGAUCUGUGCGAUACACAGAAUUUCUGUCGGGCCUAGGAACGCUUAUUAAGCUGAAAGCAGUGGACUCUCAGACAACAUUUCUGGGUGGACUCGACCAAUCGGGAAAUGACGGGAAAUUCGCCUACAUUUGGCAUGAUGCCAUGACUCAGGUGAUUUUCCAUGUCGCCACAUUGAUGCCAACCAAAGAAACCGAUCCCAGCUGUAACAACAAAAAGCUCCACAUUGGAAACGAUUUUGUCACGAUUGUUUUUAAUGAAAGUGGUCAAGACUACAAUGUUCACUGCAUAACGGGUCAGUUCAACUUUGCCUGUGUGGUUGUCACCCCAAUGGGCCAUGGAACUAACCAAGUGACGAUGAAGAUCAAGGAAGAUCUUACUGAGCACCUGGGAGCAUCGCAAGUGACUCGGAUCAUCUCUGAUCAGAGUUUGCCCACCCUAGUAAGGCAACUCGCGCUGCAUGCCAAUCUGGCAUCUCUGAUAGUCCGUAACAUGAGCAAAAGUGUCCUGUAUGCCUCCAAUUGGCUGGAGCGUCUGAGGAAUAUAAAGCGAAUCAGGGCCAGAGUACUAGAGAAAGCUGAGGAAAAGAAGAAGGCGGCUGACAUGCAGAACAAGGACCAGGACGAUUUCACUGAAUUCGCUGUCUACUCUGAUCAGCCAGAUGCAAAGAACCAGAGCAUCAAAUUAUAAAACUAUAUUAAAACUGUAUAGUGUGAAAAUAGAUAUAUGUCAUAUUUGCAAUUAUUCACGCCAUCAUGUGGCACAACUUAUUAUAAUAUUCCCUUUAAAUAAAUUUAUUCGCAGCUUACGUAAAACUGUAAAA